CAUGUACAUAAUCCCGGAGUUGACCCAGAAAAUAGGCAGUCGUUUUCAAGAUCUGAUGCGGCAGAGUCUUUUGUGCACCCCGUCCCCCCUCUGCCCGAGCAUGAAGCGUAACCCUGCGGAAUACACACUGUGAUUCAGAGGAGCACCGGUCCAUUUUUUUUUUACGCACGGAGCCGAAGCGAGUCGCGCAACUUUAGGCAAACGAGGAUCAGGACAGGAGGCAUGGCCGACCAUCUGAUGAUGCCCAUGAAUCACAGCUCAGCGGGCGCCAGUCUCCACGGUUACAGGAUGGGCAUGAACGGCGGCCUGCAGGCGGGUCACCAGCAGCAUGCCAGCCAACAGGGCAUGCGGGCGCUGCCCAACGGCCAGAUGAUGCACUACGGUGGCGCCCAGGCCAACAUGGAGUCCGCCAUGAGGCAGCGGCAGGGCAUGGUGGGCGGACCCAUGAACGGACAGCUGAACGGGGCCCAGAUGGGUCACCACCAAAUGACCUCUGGGAACAUGAUGUAUAACGGCCAGCCCCAGCAGCAGCAGCACCAUCCUCAGCAGCAGCAUCACAUGCACCCACAGCAGCACCAGCACCAAGCUCAGCACCCGCAGCAGCAGCAGCAGCAGCACCCGCAGCAGCAGCAGCACCCGCAGCAGCAGCACCCACAGCAACAGCACCCACAGCAACAGCACCCACAGCAACAGCACCCACAGCAGCAGCAGCAACAACAACAACAACAACAACAACAACAACAGUUCAUGAAUGGAGGGUUAACAUCCCAACAGCUCAUGGCCAGCAUGCAGCUGCAGAAACUCAACACCCAGUACCACGGACACCCACUGGGGCCUAUGGGUGGGAACCACAUGGGGCCCACAACCCAGUAUCGCAUGAACCCGGCUCAGCUGGCUAACAUGCAGCACAUGGCAGGGCCGGCCCUGGCCCUGAAUGGCAUGGACGCGGACAUGAUAGACGAGGAGGUCCUGACCUCGCUGGUCAUGGAGCUGGGCCUGGACCGGGUCCAGGAGCUGCCGGAACUCUUCCUUGGCCAGAAUGAGUUUGACUUCAUUUCGGACUUUGUCAGCAAACAGCAACCCAGCACCGUGAGCUGCUGAGAGGACCCGAUUUGCAAACGAGGCACAAACGAACGCAGAGGAGUGAGAAUUGUCCAGGAUGGAUAACGGGUGCUCAUCUCUUCACUUUUUAUUUUGUGGGCACCUCCCUGUACAACUGCACCAAGCUGCGGCACGGAGUGCACAGAAGAGAACUUUGGAUAUCCACAGCGAAAUGCACAGUGCUCAUGUCUCGUGUGUGCUGGUGGCCAGAGGGUGGCUGGCUUCAGGGCUUGGUUCCACCUCUCCCAUUUCCUGGACAUGAAUGUACUAAAGAAAUGCUGAAAUUCUUUGAAGCCACUCUGAACAAUGCUAUGACACUGUGCAGCUCCCAAGCCAGGACUCUGUGACAGUUUACCAGUUGAAAGGGUGUAUUUAUUUAUUCCUAACUGAGAAAACUGAUAUAAAGAACAACCACCUUCUCCAUUAUUGGAACCAAGUGGCUUCAAUAAUUUUUUUUUUCCCUGAGAGUAGUGCGGGGGAGAAAAUUGAAUUUAAGUUCUCCGCUCAUGAUUAUUUUUCCAAUUCUAAUUGGCCUAGUAUUAAAAAUAAGCUCGGAUGACAAGGUCAUCUAAAAGGAGCUGGGAUUUUUCUAUCACUAAAAUCAAGACGCGACAGAAUUAAAAUGUUAUGUGAUUUGAAUGGGAGUCUCAUCCAGAUUUUAAAAAUGGUUCACUUUUGUUAAAGGUGCUGCCUUUUUUAGAUGUGAUGUUCUCGAAAACCUACUGCUUGUACUGUAUGAAGCUGUAUAACUCCAACGUGUCCACACUGUUUGUGUUCUAUUUGGAGAUGUAGAACCGCCUUAAUCACGCAGAUUCUUAUUUAUUGGUUGUUUAUAUUGUCCCCUUUUUUGUGGUCAAGAUGGGGGGUGGUCUUUGUGAAAGGGGUUUUGAGGAUCAAUAAAGAUGGCCUGGUUAGAA